AUGAGAAGAUUGGAAUUUGCCAAUCCUCUGGGAUCGGCUACUCCGCUUUCGGCUCUAGAGCUAUGGAGUUGUCCGGAGGAGGUCGACAUCAACCUCAACGAUCCUCAAGUCGGUGAGGCGGCGAAGAAGAUUCAGAAUGUUUUCAGGAGCAAAAAGCUGGACAAGAAGUCAAACGCUGCCGCUGAAGUUGCGAACGGUUCCACUGGUGUAAGCGGAUGA